AUGUUAAUAAGAAUAGGGGAUGAUGUGGCGUGGAUCCCCAUUCCGAAAGGAUGUGUGUUGGAUUUGAAGUUGGAGAAGAAGGAGAAGAAGGUGGUGACAUGGGGAGAGAAUGAAGUAAGAGUAAUUAAAGAAGAAAAUACUGGACGUGGAGGUAUGGGAAGUCAUCGAGGUGGUAGAGGACGCGGUGGGCGUGUUGGAGGACGCAUUUUUGUUGCACGCGGCAAAGAGGAUCUUGUUACCAAAAAUCUCGUAGUUGGAGAAUCAGUUUAUGGGGAAAAAAGAAUUUCGUUAGAAGAUAAAGAUGAGAAUAAAGUAGAAUAUCGAGUUCGGAAUCCAUUUCUAUUAUAUCUUGGAGUAGCAUCAGGAACUACGGUAUCACAUGUUGCCGAUAUCGUUGGCCAGUCGUUUCCAUCAUGUCACAUUGAAGAAUUAGGAUCAAUCAGUAUAGUAUAUACCAGAACUUCAUUGAGAUCUUUGAUUUUAUUAAACGUUUCCAUGCACGAUAACUUGAGUUCUAUCGUGUCCUAUAUCGACAAUCAUUCGAAGUUAAAGAAAAUGCUCGAAUUAUCCCCUGAUGCAGGUUUUGGUCGAGCAGGCGCACGUAACGGAACAAAUUUAUUCAACAAAUAUUCUAUCAGAUUAUUAAUUGUUCAUAUUAUGGUCACAGAAUGUAUUUCCAAGACUAAUGAUGAGAUAGUAGAAAAGGAAGAAAUCACCGAUAUUAUAGCAAAUUGGUGUUGUCAUUGUGGUCACAUGUUCUUCUUGGAAAAAGGAGUACCAAGAGAUGUACUGGCAUAUAUGAGUACCGUGAAAAUGACUAUGAGACGUGCCAAUGAGAUGAUCCAACAAAUUCGAAUAGCAAGAAUUUCAGUCGUUCUAAAUGUAGUCAAGAGUUAA